CCAGUCCUCAUGGCUGCUGCUGCUGCUGCUUCUUCUUCUUCUUCUUCUCCUGGAUGGAAUUAUGAUGUCUUUUUGAGUUUCAGAGGCGAGGACACUCGCAAGAACUUUGUGGAUCAUCUAUAUAGUGCUCUGAAAGAUAAAGGAAUUUACACUUUCAAAGAUGAUGAGAAACUUAAGAGAGGAGAAUCAAUUUCUCAGGAACUCAUCAAGGCUAUUAAGGAAUCCAGAAUUGCAAUCAUCAUUUUCUCAACAAACUAUGCUUCUUCCACUUGGUGCUUGGAUGAACUAGUGGAGAUCAUUAAAUGCAAGAGCACGAUGGGACAAACAGUUUUGCCUAUCUUCUACAACGUGGCUCCCUCACGAGUAAGGAAACAAAAGAAGAGUUUUGCAGAAGCAUUUCGCAAGCACGAAGAAGCUUUUGGGAAGGACAACGAAAAGAUGCAAAGCUGGAGAAAUGCUUUGGUUGAGGCAGCAAACAUAAGCGGAUUCGAGCCAAAAAAAAUUGCAAAUGGUGAUUCGGUGGUGAUUGGAGUACGGAUUCCCCAAUCUACUACCUCCAUCUCCGUCACCGACUACGGCGCCAUGGACAACGACCUCCACUACGGCAGGACGCCGUGGGUCUGCGAUGUUGGAUUUUGGGUUUGUUCUGCGAUGUGGGAUUUUGGGUUUGAUCCUCCAUGGCCAGAACCCACGGUAAGGCAUGAGGCGAAGGCUAUCCGAAUUAUUGUCCAGGAGAUUAUAAAAAAAUUAGGGCGUAUACCAUUAGAUAUUGCCAAGUAUCAAGUGGGGAUAGAUUCUCGUGUGAAUAAAGUGAUUACUUUGCUAGAUAAUGAGUUAAAUGAUGUGCACAUUGUGGGAAUUUAUGGAACUGGUGGAGCUGGAAAAACAACAAUUGCCAAAGCUGUUUACAAACGAAUAUUUGAUCAAUUUGAAAAUUGUUGUUUUCUUAGUGAUGUGAGAAAAGUUUCAGAACAACAAGGUUUAACUCGUCUCCAAGAGCAACUCUUGAAUGACAUCCUGAUGGAAGAAGAUUCAAAGAUAUGUAACGUUGACUAUGGAACCUGUGUGAUAAAGAGAAGACUUCGUUUCAAGAAGGUUCUUGUUGUUCUCGAUGAUGUGGAUCACUCGGAUCAAUUAGAAAGUUUAGCUGUAGGAAAUGGCUGGUUUGGAUCUGGAAGUAAAAUCAUCAUAACAACUAGAAAUGAACGUUUAUUAGUAGAGCAGAAAGUUGAUCAUGAUAUAUACAAAGUUGAGUUGUUGGAUGAUGAUGAAGCACUUCAACUUUUCAGUUAUCAUGCCUUCACAAUGAGACAUCCUCCAAAGGAUUAUGCGGAACUCUCAAGUUGUGUAAUAACUUACGCAAAAGGCCUUCCAUUAGCUUUUCAAGUUUUGGGCUCUUUUUUAUUUAAAAGAAGUACAAAAGAAUGGGAACAUGAACUUGAUAAUUUGAAAAGAAUUCCUAAUGGAGAUAUUCAUGAUGUUCUUAAGAUAAGUUUCAGUGGCCUUAAUGAUCCAGAGAAGGAUUUAUUCUUGGAUAUUGCUUGUUUCUUCAAUGGGUACCAUAAAGAUUCAGUAAUGGAUAUAUUGAGCAGUAGUGGAUUUUAUCCAAGAAUUCCAAUUUUAGUUGAACGGUCCUUGGUAACUAUCUCAAACAACAAGUUGCAGAUGCAUGAUUUGAUACAAGAAAUGGGUAAAGAAAUUGUUCGUCAAGAGUCUCCUGAUGAUCCUGGCAAACGCAGUAGGUUAUGGUUUCAUGAAGACAUCUAUAAAGUACUCGAAGAAAAUACGGCGACGGAAACAAUUAGAGGGAUUAUGCUAAACAUGCCUCAUGAUGAUGACCAUCUAUCAGAGGGGUUACUUGUAAAUGUUGAUAUCUUUGCGAAGAUGAAGAGACUUAAAGUGCUCAAACUCAGUGGCAUACGAACUUGUGGACGCCUUACAUAUCUUUCAAAUGAAUUAUCUUAUCUUGAUUGGGAAGGUUACCCGACGACAUGUUUGCCGUCUAACUUCCGUCCACAAAAGCUUGUUCAUCUUUACCUUCGUGAUAGCCGAAUCAAACAAAUAUUGAGUCAUAUGAAGUUUCUAGGGAAGUUAAAACUCCUAAAUUUAAGUUACUGUCCAUAUUUGGAAAAAACUAUUGAUUUGUCUAGUCUCCCAUUUCUCGAGGAUUUAAAUCUUACAGAGUGUGCAAAUCUAGUUGAGGUUCACCUUUCUGACGGAGUUCAUGAAAGGGUUGUUCGUCUGAAUCUUUCUGCAUGUGAAAAACUGAAGAGUCUCCCCAAAAUCAUUCGGUUGAAAAAUCUGGAAUAUUUUGAUCUUGGAGGAUGCUCAAAACUUGAGACGUUUCCAGAGAUUCAGGGAGAUAUGGAUCGUUUAAGAGAACUCAUUUUGUACGAUACUGCAAUAAAAGAUUUACCUUCAUCAAUUGAACAUCUUGGAGGGCUUCGUAUUUUAAUGCUAUCAAACUGUAAAAAGCUGAAAAGCCUUCCCACCAACAUGUUUUGGAAAAUGAAGGAAUUAAACGAAUUUCAGAUGCAAGGAACUGCCAUGAAACAGUUACCAUCAUCGAUUCAGCACUUGAGUAGCAUUGCUACCAUUAUUCUCGAUAAUUCAUGGAUGCAAAUCAUUGGAACGGAACUGCUCUGCGGUUUGUCCACUUUAAGGAGUUUAUUUCUCCAUAAAUGCAAUUUAUCAGAAGAAUCCUUGCCCAGGGAUUUUGGCCGCCUAUCCUCAUUGGAAGAAUUAGAUAUAAGUGAAAACAAUUUCACAAGCAUACCAGCAAGCUUCAUUCAACUCACGAACCUCGAAAGCCUUGAAUUGGAAGAUUGCACAAGCCUCCGAACGUUGACGUCACUACCGUCAUCUAUACGGUAUGUGAAUGCGAAUGGAUGCAAAUCAUUGGAAUGGUAUUGGUUUCCACCAUGUGUAAAGAGUCAAAACUAUCGGUGGUUCAAAUUUACUGGGUGCAACAAAUUGGUUAUGGAUCAGAGUAACAACAUGCCAAAUAUAUAUUCACAAAGUCAGCUCCAGGAAAUCGGUCAAAUGAUUUAUCCAGGAAGUGAGAUUCCACCAUGGUUCGGCCAUAUAAUUGAAGGGGAGAGCUCUUCAGUGUGUUUGGGGGUGGAUGAUCAUCAUCUACCUUCGUACGAUAACGUAAAACUGCAAAUCGGUCAAAUGAUUUGUCCAAUAAGUGAGAAUAUUCCACCAUGGUUCGGCAAUAUAAUUGAAGGGGAGAUCUCUUCAGUGUGUUUGGGAGUGGAUGAUCAUCAUCUACCUUCUUACGAUAACGUCAAGGGAAUUGUUGUCUGUCUUGCUUUGGAAUUCCAUGGAAUUGUGGCUUCGCAUGAAGUUCGUCUUGUAAUCAAUGGUAGUUGUGAAAGUCUACUGUGGAAUGCCUUUGACAGAACUAAUGGGUUAAAUAACGUCUUAUUAGCUCAUAUAACAGAAUAUUACAGUAAGUCUGAAAAGGCCUGUCGACCAAUUAAACAUCUAUUGAACAAGAAUCCAUCAAUUGUCCUCAAAUGCGUCCAAGGCAAUCACAAGAACGAAGAACUGACAGCGAAGAUCAAGAAAUGGGGUAUCCAUCUUGUAAUGGAGGAGCAAGGUUGUGAGGAGGGUUCUAUGUUUGUGGAGCAGCAGCCUAGUAUUAAUAGUCAAAACUUCCUUUAG